AACCCUCUAGUGGUAACUUGGGCAAGUCGGAUGAAAACCGAGCUCUGUGCCACAUCUUCCUCUAAAUGAUAAAGCCGCUUUGCUCCAACUGAAGGCAGGACCGACUAUACAAGAGCCGAGCUUUAAGAAACGACAUUUAAGCAGCUCUGGAUGUGUCAGUGGGAGGAGGUCUUAUGUUAGUCUGCUGUAACGGUGAAGUUAGUCUUUUGUUGACAUCAUACUGAGGCAAAGUGGUCUCAGCCGAAGUGGACUUGUCAGCCGGAGGAGUCAUACGCAACUUUACUCCUGAAAAAAGGAGCAGAGAAAGCUGAGCAGCCAGCAGCGUGGGGAGUAAAAAACACAGAGGGAGUGGAGAGGACGGUAGAAACACCAGCCCAGCUAUCUGCCUGCCCGAGCGUGCCGUGUCAUGGGGAAACAGAACAGCAAGCUGCGGCCUGAGGUCCUGAACGACCUGAGAGAAAACACAGAGUUCACUGACCACGAGCUGCAGGAGUGGUACCGCGGCUUCCUCAAGGACUGUCCCACCGGCCACCUCACUGUGGAGGAGUUCAAAAAGAUCUAUGCCAACUUCUUCCCCUACGGAGACGCCUCAAAGUUUGCCGAGCACGUCUUUCGCACUUUUGACACCAACGGUGAUGCCACCAUUGACUUCAGGGAGUUCAUCAUCGCCCUGAGCGUGACGUCUCGCGGCGGGCUGGAGCAGAAGCUGCGCUGGGCUUUCAGCAUGUACGACCUGGACGGGAAUGGAUACAUCAGCCGGGCAGAGAUGCUGGAGAUAGUUCAGGCCAUUUACAAGAUGGUGUCUUCAGUGAUGAAGAUGCCAGAGGACGAAUCUACACCAGAGAAAAGGACGGAUAAGAUCUUCAGACAGAUGGACAUCGACAAUGAUGGUAGAUUGUCUUUGGAGGAGUUCAUUAAAGGUGCCAAGAGCGACCCGUCCAUUGUCAGACUGCUGCAGUCGGAUCAGGGAGCCUCUCGUCAGUUCUGAGGACAGAGACAAUGACAGACAAGCGCUCUCUAAAAACGUAAUCACAAACCCACAUCCGUCCAGCUGCGUGCUGCUCACAUUAAGAUCAUCACAGCCCACUCCUUCGAACCUAAAAAGACAGUCCUUUCAUUUGAACAACACUCCAUGUCUUAAAGUUUACAUUUCCAACACAUCCUUCUUUUUUCUGUGGUUCCUUUUCUGUGGGCCAUGCUGUGCUUUCAGGUGAGGUAUUCAGUGUAUAUGCUUUUAUAGCUCAUCUGCCUUGAAAUGACCUGUUUUCCCUAAGUUAAGUGCCAUAUCAUAUAUUUAUACUGACUGGAUAAUGUGCUUGCAAGUAUUAUGACUCCCAUAAUGUUACACUAACAGGAGACUAAUUACAUCACUUCACAUAAUUUGAUUGGACUUCCUUCUGUUAAAAAAAGUGGCUUAUUGAUGUGCAGGAUGUCAAUUGUAUCUUAAGUUUCUGUUCUAAGCAAGUCCAGUAUGCUUUUGGUAUUGCAUGCGCUCGGUGAUACGCGUUUUCUGAUAUUGUGACAGUUCAUGUGAAUAAGGAAGCCGUGAUUGUUUUUAUUCCUUUUUAUUUUUGUAACAAAAAUGUCAUUUUGUUUUCACAGAAUUGAAAUAAAGUCGUGUAAGAAAAAUCUA